AUGCAUAUAUCCUUGGAGCUGUAUUCCGUGCCUCUCUGCCCAUCUUCCUUCUAAGGCCAUCAAGAUGGAAUCGGGAAGCGAUGCAGGGGAAGGACAACGGGGCUCCCCGAGUCCUGCAACGACGCAGGACUCCCCCCGUCUUCUACAAGAUACAGAGGCCUCGGCCGCUUCAACCACAACCGCGACCGCGACCACGACACCGACAGCGACAGGUGCCGUGCAAGUUGCUCCACCAUACAACAGUGCGGAUUCAACGCGAGAAGAAGGGUCCUUGAAGAGCAUGAUAGCCGCCCAUGGACGACCACUAAGCAUUAUCGAGAGCGUUGGCUCAGUUGGCAGCGACGAUGGCGAUUAUGAGGGCGAUGACAGCUUGGACAGGGUGACGGACGUCGACAUAUCCUACGAUAACCCCGCCAGUGCACACUCGUCGGCACAGCCAGUAUUUGUUCAUCCCGCUGACGUCUCAUCGGCUUCCUCAGCAGGCGCCGGCUUCCUUCACCCCGAGUCACGCCUGAAGAGCCGGCAGCGGAGACCCCCAAAACCCAAUAGCACCGAGGGUGCGGACGUUUCUCUAUCUACACGACGCUCGUAUCAAGAGCUUGAAGCACAAGUCCACGACCUUUUUGAUCGCUUCGCCCAUUCCUCUCACACGGGUCCGCAUACUUCAACCACAGAGUCUUCGUCCGCUUCUGAGGCCGAAAGCGACGGUGCUGAUUCAAGCGAAUCUUAUGGUCAGGUUGGAUGCAGCCGGAAGAUGGGCAGACGACGAUACCUUUUGACUGGUGACCUGCCCGCCGUGCUUGCCGAGUUUGAGAGUUUUCGCACGACCCAGGCAAACCCCACGUCCGGCAUUGCGAACAGUAACUUGUCUGCCGCUGAUGCACCGCUCAUCGACCCAGCACUUCUGCCGCAGAUUGAGGCUUUCGCCAACGAGAAUCCCAAUCUACGGAUCCAACCAGCCAUGUUGGUGAAUAUGAUCACUAGCUUGCAGAGCGCAUACAGCGAGGCUGGCAGCGGAGUCGCCGGUGCCAAUGCCGCUGGCAGACUAAGUGGGGAGGAAAUUGUGGAUGUACGACAGAUUCUGAGCGACAGCAGCCAGAUGAGCAGCGGAGAUGAUAGCGCCGACGAGGACGACUCUGACAUCAGCCGUGAUUCUGCUGACGGCGGUGGCGGAAUUCUUGGACGUCGUGAAAGCAUCACAGCAUUGCAAUUGCAGUGCACCAGAGAUGAUAGAGAGGAGACACCUGUACCGUCUCGAGGCGGAAAUUUUGAAGGCUUCGACAUCCCGCCCACUCCUUCUGCCGCUCAACCAAGCUCCGGAGACGAAGACGUCAUUGGUAAAGACUAUUCUGCCUCUUUGGCGACGUCCGCAUCCAACGUCUCUUCGUCCUCGGUGCCACGCAAACGCUCAUCCCAAGACUUUCCCGCGAACGACAUCCACCAACGAAGUCGGCAGCUGUCACGCGAGCGCAAAGUCAGCACUUCCGCUAGGUCACAGCCUGGGUGUGCAAGCAGUGGAGAAGGGUCGCAGCCGCGGUCACGCAAGUCAAGUGGCGUUGCGACACAUCAGGACGAGAAGGAGAUUUUAAAAGGCAAAGGGCGAGCAAGGGUGCCGCCGUCUGCGUGGACUCGUCCAAAGCCCAAGGUACUGGCGCAGAGGACCAGGCGUACGAGUGACACGAGCUCGUCGGCCCAAAGCCUUACGGAAAGUCCGCAACUGGGUCGAGGCAGUGAGGAUGCAGUUGGCCUUGGACGACCUGCCCAACGUCGUGGGAAUGGCCGCAGCCGCCAGGCGUCACAGCCCGUCAGUGGGUACCGAGACUACGACAAUGAAGACUCGGCCAUUCCUCGUAGCGCAAGUACCGGCUACAUAUUUCCUCGCACGAUCAACACAGACUUGAGUGAAGGUCAGCAGGAAGAAGACCUCCGCUUCGACGAGCUCUCCGCCGCACUCUCGGGCCAGAGCCCGCGCUUUGACUACGCAGGAUCGGACGCUGGCUCCACAGGUCGUGGCGCGAGUCCGGGACUCGAUGAAAGCUCUUUCGUGCCCUUCUCUUUCACGCCGUCUGCAUCUUUCAACGACAGCUUCUCUGCUGAGACACCGUUGCAUGCAAAGAUGGGACAAGGUCAGGGCGGGCUCCCGCGCGGCAUUUCAUCGCCCGACAUUUACGGUCGCGGCGCCAUGUCGACACCCUCGAACAAGCUCUCGAUGCUGCACUCUGAUCUCAUGCGCGAGAAUGAGCGGCUCAAGCGGGAAAAGAAGGACUUGCAAGAGUCGAUGCAAGCCAAGGAGGAUGAUCAUGAAGCUGUUACUGCCGAUUUGCACAGCAGACUAGACACAGCCGAGGAGCAGCUCACAGCCAAGCGGCGCGAAGAGAAGGAGGCGAGUGCACGCGCGGAACAAUUCUCGGAGCAGGUUUCCAGCCUCGAAUCAGAGCUUGCAGCGGUGCAGAAACGGAACAAGGGUCUAGAGGAGCUCAAUCAAAAGGGCCGAGAACAAAUCGAGUCAAACUUAGCCGAGCUCGAAUUGCUGAGGAAACAGCUUGAAGAGCUGCGACAAGCGGUCAGGGCUCAUAAGGUCGAUGAGGCUCACGCCCAAGAUACGGCGACGGCCGCUUCCGCCGAGGUGGCAAGGCUGAAGGACCUCGUGGCUGAAAAGGAGCAGCGAAUUCUCCACCUCUUAGAGCUCGAAGCUGAGAACGAUCGGCUGGUACAAGAAAAUCUCACAUUGUCCGAGCAGGUCGGCAAAUUGAAGGCUGAGCUCGAUGAGAAGUUCAGGUCUUUGGGCCGCGAGCAUGAUCUCAGCUUUGACGGUCAUAGAAGCCUUCAGGGAACGCCUUCGCAGCGUCUGGGAGCCGAAUUACGCCGCCACUUCAGUCCUAACGAUUCCUUGUCCAUGCCUACAAGAGAAGAAUGCAGCAAUGGUGAAGGACAAGCUGCGGACCCUGACACCAGCGCGGAGAGCUAUAUCGAGACUGUUACUAGGCAUGUUAGUCGGAGCAAAAAGGGUAAAGCGAAAGCUCGGGACCUACCCGCAGCAGACUUCAUCGAUGUUGGCACUCAACCCUCAAGCGCAGAAGACGAGGAAGCGGCAGCGGCAGAGACGUCCAUCCUUUCCGAUGGCAAGAUGGUAGACGACCCGGAGACGUCCACGCAUACACUCACGCAAGGGACCGACAUCCCGUCUCCGCCGACAUACGACGAGGCUGCUCUCGAGAAGACCAUUAUCGAUCGACUUCAUCCAGGUGCCAUCGCGAUCGGUCAAAAGCCACUCGACGAGUGGCCUGAGUAUGCCACCCUGAGCAAGCUAUUGGACUUACGCUGCGAUGUCCUGGAGAACAAGAUGCUUUUGCAAGCCCGUCCAGCUCCGAUUUUGCGUGCUGCGAGCGGGCAAAGUGCACAGAAGCCGUCAACGGUGCAAUUGCAAACCGUCAUCUCCAAUCUUCGCCAUCACGGUUUGAGCAGCCUUUCCAUCCACCAGACUUCGUUCUACAUGGGCGCGCUCGCCUUUUUGCUCGGCGUAUUCUUCACACGUACGCUGCUACCCAGCCAACAUCACUAUCACUUUGGCCCGUACAUGGAGUCUGCGGCCGCCUGGCGCGACAGUAACUCUUUCAUGCUGCCGCCGGGCACGCACACUGUCGAAGAAUUCACCGAUCCUCGUGCAGGAUGGCUGAGCAGGCUAGACCUCUCUGAACUUUCCAGAGACCGACAGCAGAAGCAUCUAUUGUGACGGAGGGGAAUGUACAGCCGUGUUUUAUUUGUCGACUGUACCACAAUCGCUUUUUGCCGAUUGCAGGUCCAUUUGCAUCACAUGGAUCACACCUUUUUGCCAUCAGAUCUCACCACUCUCUGAAAGUUGCUGUAUGAUCCUUAAAUUAUUGAUUGCAGAUACCAAUG